UGUCUUCUGGAAUGUCGCCCGGAAUGUCGUCCGUGUUGUCCUCCGCUUUGUCUGCGCUCGCCUCGCCAGGCGACUUUACCACUUUACCACGCAGACCGUCGAGAGCGGACUUAAAUUCUUGUUCCUCAUCGUCGCCUGAAUCAAAGCCAACAUGCCGGAGACCGCAGAGUCGCACGCCUUCCACUUGACUACCAACCGCAACUGCACCAUUGAGGUCGUCAACCGCACCUCUGUCUUCUGCCUCACCAACCCCAAGGUUUACAAUGAGAGAGGGUUCCCCUUCAGCCCCCCGCAGCCGACAGUGCGCGUGGGCCGCGGCGAGGUGUGCUCCUUCACCAAAGAUGACAACACGGCCUCAGGCGCGGUGGGAGUGCUGACCUACGAGCUCUUCCACAUGCACAACAAGUACUGCAACGAGAUGGUGGCCGUCAUGUUCUCCGUGCCCUUCGACUACAACUUCUACAAGAACUGGUUAGGGGUGGGGGUCUACCCCAAGUCGCGCGAAACCGACGAGAAGCUCUACAAGGAGAUGUACAACUCCAAGGACUUCACCAACUUCGUGCGCCACGAGGCCGACGGCUCCGGCGUGGAGUUCAUCAGCCGUGAGGUGGAAGUGGCCGCCUGCAUGUCCAACGAGGGCCACGCCAUCAUCAAGCUGGAGGUCAGCGAAAAGUAGGCCUGAAGGUCCUCGCCACUUUUUUUGCAUUCCCUGUCAGUUAUUAAAGUGGAUCGUGACUUCCAAA